AUGUCAGGUGGAAAAAAAACGGACCAAUGUUCAGGGAAGUUACCAUCCGAGCAGAAAUAUGAGGCACUCGGAAAAGAGAAGAACUGCAUUGCAAAUCAUGGAGAUCAAACUAAGAAUGGAAACAUAGUGAAUAAUCUGAUGGGAACAAUGGACUUAUGGCUGUCGAAUAAGGAUGACGCCCGGCAAAUUGUAGAAGCGUAUUGCCAUGCGAGCACAGAAGCAGUGAGUGAUUCAACAGAUUACUAUGAUUCGUGCCACUUUUUUUAUUUUUGGUUAGGUGAUUUAUUAAAGGACAAAUUUAAAAUAACAAAUCUUGAUCUUAAUAGUGUCAUGGAUCCGGUCUAUAAAAGAUUGGAGGAUUUUCAAUUUAGGAGUGGAAUGCAGAAAAGGAAUUGUAAAAAUUUAUACCCCCUUAUUGGCAAAAGUAUUUUCGACCUCUAUAAAAUAAUUUUCGAUUACUCCUACAAUUUCAAUACUUUACAAGCAUCCUCGGAUCAGGGGCAGAAAGAGCACUUGUGUAAGGAUGAAUGCACCGAAUAUGUAGCAGCAGCAGAGAGAGCAUAUGAAAAGGUGAAGGGUAAUUGUAAUGAACCUAAUGCUAAUAGUGAUCCAUGGUGUAAAGAUUUUACGGGAGCAUAUAAAAACCAUUUUGAGACUAAUGGGAAACCGAAAUUACCAUGCACCAUCACGUCAAAAGGGCAUAGGGACGAAUCGGAAUGUAGAGAAAACUCCCUCUCAGAUCUGGGUGAUCUGUCGGGACCACUUACAAAAGACCAUUUAGGAAAAUUACCGUCCAAAAUGAUAUACAAGGAAUUAAGAGAUGGUGAAGAUAAAGAUAAAUGUGAUAAGGAGCUCAUGGAAAGUACGGAGACUCAGUUGAAAAGUGCACUAAAUGGGUACGCUUGUGAUGAGAUAUGUAGAGAGAAAAUUAUAAGUGCUUGGUGUCUUGUAACUAGGGGCAUGGGGGAUAGGUGCGAUCUGCAGGAGAAGGAACGAUACGAUUUCUUUUACUUGUGGUUGGUGGAACAAUUGUUUGCGGAGAAGGGACAAAUUGAUUCAUUUUGUGGUCUUGUGAAAGAAAUAAAGAAGGCAUUGACGGAAAUGUAUGCCGGUCAGGAUUGUGACAUUCUGUGUACUGAUAAAAUGGACAAGAACUUCUUUAGCAAUGCGAAAGAAGUGUACGACUAUUACAAGGACCAUGCUGGAAUAAUGCAGCAGGUAGGGUCGGGGGGGCGUCUAUGCAAUCAGGAAUAUAAGAAUCACCUGAAAAGCAUUGUUUCCGCAUGUGAAGCGGUAAAUACAUACUGCAAGAAUGGGCAAUAUAACAGUACUCCAUAUUGUAGCUGGUUCAAUGGCGAAAGUGAUGGUAAAAAUUACUGUGAUCAAACAGAACUAGCAAAAUUAACAUGUACAACCCCCUCAGGUUCUUCCGGUCACAGUUCUUCUGUUUCCGGUUCAUCUUCUGGUGGUGGUAGCGGUGGUGUAGGAGGCAUGGUUGGUGGUGGAUUAGCUUCUGUAGCAUUACCAGCUGUCGGCUUACUUUUAUACAAAUAUACUGAUGUAUUUGAUGGAAUAAAAAAAUCCCUCUUCGGUGGACUCAAUAACGGCAACAACAGAAGAGGAAGAAGAUCUACUUUUCGACACAAUGAGCAACACUUUGACGGCUUCGAUUCUUCUACAUUAGGAGACGAUUCUUCCACACUAGGUGGUGAUGGUUCCACCACCCUCGGUGGUGGUGGUGGGGAAUCGUCCACCUUAGGUGGUAGCUCCACCGAUAUUUCUACCAUAUAUGAUGAUGGAGAACGACGACGUCGACCAUCACCAGCAUCCACGAAGCCAUAUAAUACACGACAAAGCAGAAAUAUUCGUUAUGGAAGAAUAUAA